AUGUCGUCAGUUAAAAAUGUAGCCAUGGGAGCUUCUGCUACAGAUCCGAUCGUUCUGGCCACCACAGGUGUAGCAAGUUGCAUCGCGGUGAUCAUCACACUGAAAGACAAAGGAGUGUUCAUUAAUCAUGUUGAUUCAACUGAAUUGUUCAAUACAAAGUGUUCAACAAUUGAUAAUGCUCAACGAUUCAUUGAACGGAUCGUAAAAAGAUUUUUUGCCAAGGAUAAAAGUCGAACGAUCGACAGUGUGUACCUCAUUGGAGGAUUGGACAAUAAUCGAUACAAUUGUGUCCGUAACAGUAUCGAAGUUCUCAGAUUGGAUCAUACAGUCAGCCCUCGUUUCGAAGAUGAAAUUACAACGGCGCAAGUACGUUCAUUUCUAUCAUGUAUUAAAUUGAACAAAGUCGACUUCAACUUAAGAAAGCAGAGAGCCGGAGAAAACAUUGGUGAGAGUGACGACGAAAAUGCAAGUGAUAGUGAGAAUGACUAUGUCUUUGACUGUACUAUUAUUUGUGAUCGAAGUAUCGAUCCUAUGCUGCUUGCAAUUUUACAAUACGCUGGUACAGAGGGUCAGUUAGAUGCGUCACGAAGGGAUAUCACGCCAUUUGCCGUUUAUCAAAUCGAUUCGAUAACGAACAUAAUGAAGGUUUACAUUGAUCCAACACAUUAUAAUCUACCAUUUGCUGUCAAAAUCGAUGCACAAAUAUUGAAGAAUGUAGGGAAUUCAUCAUUGAUAUGUCCAUCUGGAAGCGACCACGAAUUGGAGAAAAAACUGGCGACUUUAGUGGCAAGAAUCAAGACAUGA